AUGGUAGCUAUCCUUAUGGCAUUAGAGUGGGUAUAUGAAAUUUAUUUGUACUUGGUGGAAUUUGUUUGUACGGAAAGCAGUUUUUCUAAAAAAAAAUUUGAAAACAAACUUGAAUUUGCAUGUUACCAGCUCUUGACCCCACGAUCCCACACAACUGAAAAAGUAAUCAAGCUUGUUCCUGAAAACCUUCUCAAGAAACGCAAGGCAUACCAGGCUAUCAAAGCUACUCAAGCUAAACUUGCGUUACAGCAGAAGAGAAAAGUUCAAAAAGGAAUUCCCUUGAAGUUUAAGCGCUUGGAGGAGUUUUUGAAAAACAGCAAGAGGAAGAGUCGAGAUGGGACACGACUCGCCAGACUCAAACAUAGACCUCCGCCGCCCAUGCCGCCAGCAAAGAACAGCCUGGUGUUUGCUGUCCGCAUCAGAGAGGUCAAAGGUGUGAGCCCCAAAGUGAUCAAGGCCAUUCAGAUGCUGAGGCUAAGGAAGAUCUUCAGUGGCACCUUUGUGAAAGUCAGCAAGGCUUCUAUAAAAAUGCUUAAGUCUGUGGAGCCUUAUGUUGCAUGGGGUUAUCCCAACUUGAAAUCAGUCCGUGAACUCAUAUUGAAAAGAGGUCUGGCGAGGAUUGAUAAGAGGAAGAUUCCUCUGACCGACAAUACAAUCAUAGAACAGCAUCUCGGAAAAUAUGGGAUCAUCUGUUUGGAGGACCUUAUCCAUGAGAUUUAUUCUGCUGGAAAGAACUUCAGGGUGGUAAACAACUUCCUGUAUCCGUUCCAUUUGUCAGUACCACGACAUGCUGCUAGAGACAAAAUUGGACUCAUUAAAGGUGUUGGUGAUCCUGGACCCAGAGCUGAGGACAUAAACACAGUCAUCAGGAAACUCAACUGAGCCAAUAAACACUUCGUUCCAUUGACUUCCAUUCAUACACUUACGAACAGGGGCGGAUUGACCAUCUGGCAAUUCUGGCAAAUGCCAGAGGGAAAGGACCAUUUUGUUUAAUGUGGGCCGGUCAGAUUUUUUCUAAAUGUAUAUAAAUACAAUUGUUUUUACGGGCCAACAGCACAUAGG